ACUGUCCCGCCUCCCACCGACUCCCGGCGGUGCCGGGGUCCGGUGGCUCGGCGCCUAUAAAGCUGGUGGUGGGGGGAAGGUUUCGCGUACGGUCUCUUCGCGUCUGGCGUCCUCUCCUUAGCUGCUGCCUGGUCACGUUUGGGUGAGUGUCCCGCCUGGGGGAGGAGAGCUGGUCUGCCGAGCGGCCGCCCACGGGGUGAGGGCCGGCGGAGGCGGUGUCCUUGACUAGGCCGGAAGGAGCUUGGGCUCCGGGUCAGGGCGGAGGUGUGGACCUGACCUGGGAGGACCGGGCGUCGUGAGCGGGGCUCGUUAGGUCUUCUCUGUCAGGGAGCUGGGGCCGACCGUGGUGGGUCUGAGGAGGGGCCCAGGACACUCGUGUGGACGGGCGAUUCGCGGAGCAAAGAAGGCAAAAGGGCGUUGAGGACCAGGUGUUGAAGUGACAUGGCCAGUUAGGGAGGUGGCUGUGACUGCCGUGAGGGGAUUAGGAAGGGGGGCCGUCAGGAGAAGAAGAGCUGGGCUGCCGGGGCGUUUCCGGAUCUCUGGGUCUAGCCUGGUCGCAGAAGGAUUGGAAAUACCAGGCUUAGAUGGAUUUGUAUGUGGCCGGGGGUGUGUCCUCACGAUGCCACAUAUAGAGAGUUGAUGGAAGUCGACAGCAUUUUUCUUCUUUGCUCUCAGGUGCAAAAAAACCGUGGUUUAGACCUGGGUGGUACUGGGGCGCUUGACAGCUUCGGUCUGUGCAUGCUUUAAAUCUCACAGAUUGCUCCCUCCCACUUUCCCACCUCCCUAUUUUUUAUGUCCCGCCUUUUUUAAAAUAGGUUUCCUCCAGUGUUCUGAAAUCCUGCGUCUCCCUCCUGCUAAUUAACCUUCAGAACCAGCCUGACGUGAGAUCCACAGGGUCCUCACGCACACAAUAGGUUUGGGGUUACGUCGAGGACAUUUCAAAGCCAGUGCCUGAAGGAGGAAACAGACCUGGAGACUGCAGUUCUUUAUCCCUCACACAGCUCUCUUAGCAUGCCUGGGUCACUUCCUUUGAAUGCGGAAGCCUGCUGGCCAAAAGAUGUGGGAAUUGUUGCCCUUGAGAUCUAUUUUCCUUCUCAAUAUGUUGAUCAAGCAGAGUUAGAAAAAUAUGAUGGUGUAGAUGCUGGGAAGUAUACCAUUGGCUUGGGCCAGGCCAAGAUGGGCUUCUGCACAGACAGAGAAGACAUCAACUCUCUUUGCUUAACUGUGGUUCAGAAUCUUAUGGCCAGAAAUAACCUGUCCUAUGAUUGCAUUGGACGAUUGGAAGUUGGAACAGAGACAAUCAUCGACAAAUCAAAGUCAGUGAAGACUAAUUUGAUGCAGCUAUUUGAGGAGUCUGGGAACACAGAUAUAGAAGGAAUAGAUACAACUAAUGCAUGCUAUGGAGGCACAGCUGCUGUCUUUAAUGCUGUUAACUGGAUCGAGUCCAGCUCCUGGGAUGGACGGUACGCCCUGGUGGUUACUGGAGAUAUUGCUGUGUAUGCGACGGGGAAUGCCAGACCAACAGGAGGAGCUGGAGCUGUUGCUCUGCUAAUUGGCCCAAAUGCUCCUUUAAUUUUUGAGCGAGGGCUUCGUGGGACCCAUAUGCAGCAUGCCUAUGACUUCUAUAAGCCUGAUAUGCUCUCUGAGUAUCCUAUAGUGGAUGGAAAACUCUCCAUACAGUGCUACCUCAGUGCAUUAGACCGCUGCUAUUCUGUCUAUCGCAAAAAGAUCCGUGCCCAGUGGCAGAAGGAGGGAAAUGAUAGAGAUUUCACUUUGAAUGACUUCGGCUUUGUCAUCUUUCACUCACCGUAUUGUAAACUGGUUCAGAAAUCUCUAGCUCGGAUGUUGCUGAAUGACUUUCUUAAUGACCAAAACAGAGAUAAAAAUAGUAUCUAUAGUGGCCUGGAAGCCUUUGGGGAUGUUAAAUUAGAAGAUACCUACUUUGAUAGAGAUGUGGAAAAGGCAUUUAUGAAGGCUAGUUCUGAACUCUUUAAUCAGAAAACAAAGGCAUCUUUGCUUGUGUCAAAUCAAAAUGGAAAUAUGUACACAUCUUCAGUAUAUGGUUCCCUUGCUUCUGUUCUAACACAGUAUUCCCCUCAGCAGCUGGCAGGAAAGAGGAUUGGUGUCUUCUCUUACGGUUCUGGUUUGGCUGCCACCUUGUACUCCCUUAGAGUUACACAAGAUGCUACACCUGGGUCUGCUCUAGAUAAAAUAACAGCAAGUUUAUGUGACCUCAAAUCAAGGCUUGACUCAAGAACUUGUGUGGCACCAGAUGUCUUUGCUGAAAAUAUGAAGCUCAGAGAGGACACUCACCACUUGGUCAACUAUAUUCCCCAGGGUUCAAUUGAUUCACUUUUUGAAGGAACAUGGUACUUGGUUAGAGUGGAUGAAAUGCACCGAAGAACUUACGCUCGGCGCCCAUCUCUGAAUGAUGACUCUUUGGAGGAAGGAGUAGGACUUGUACAUUCAAACAAAGCAACUGAGCAUAUUCCAAGUCCUGCUAAGAAAGUGCCAAGACUCCCUGCAACAGCAGCAGAACCAGAAGCAGCUGUCAUUAGUAACGGGGAGCAUUAAGACACUUUUGUGAGGUGUUAAGACUUCAGUGUGGGUUGGGGUAGUUGGGGUAUGGGAGUGGUUGGGGGGAAUGGGGACAAUUUUAAAGGAUUACACGUUGCCUAAAUUUUUAUGUAACUGACAUGGAGCCUGGAAAACUCUCGUGUUCUUCGGAAAGUCUUAGCUAAAGUGCUUCCUGUUGUGGUUUAGCUGAUGCUACAUGUACUGAAAUGACGUGAAGGGCUCUGUAAAACUUCAUACCUCUCUGACUCUUUGUAGCAUGAAGUUUAGCUUUUAAAUGUGGUGUAAUGAAUCAUGUGCUUCUGACAGAAGAAAACAGAGGUACUAGUCUCCACUUGUUUUUUUUAAAAACACGUAAGAAUUUUGUAAUACUUUGAACAAGUAAGAUUACUGAAAAUGUUCAUAGCUUGGGGAAUGUGGUCUUAAAAUGUCAUAUGCACAAACCCUGUUUGGAAUAUGCUCUUUUUCUAAAAUUCGUAAAUGUUAAGGGGAGAGGAAAGAGUUAGGACGGUCACACUGGUUCUGGAAACUGAAAUGUUGGUUGGUUUAAUCCAGGCCAGCGCUGACUGAAUGUUAUUGUAAUGACCUCAGUGAACAGACAGAUGCCAGCCCUGAGAGACUUCUCGUAUAGAAAAGACGAUACAUUUGGAAGUUCUAGGUCAGCUCCCAAAUCAAGUUCAAGGUGACCUAUGCUGAACAACAUUGAGAUGUUACUGGAGCUACAUAUGAGGAAGUUUGCUGUUGCAAUCCUUCUUUGCACCUUGUUUUGAAGGACAAAUGAAUCCUUUCUCUUGCUGCCUUUUUUCAUUUAAAGCAAAAAGGUGUAGGAUAGGGGCAGGGCAUUAUGAAGUUACUUCUGAUGCUUCAAUGUUAUAAAUUCAUCUUAAAGACUGACACCCUAAAUUCAUGAUGUCGGCAUUCCUUUUUCAUUUUGUUCGUAUCUGUGCAAUGAAAAUACGGUUACAACCCAAAUUUUUAUAUAGCCUGCCUAGCCAAAAAGAAUAUUCCACUUCAGGGUCUAGAAGUAGAAUCUGUAAAGCAUUUUGUCAGACUUUCACCUUAAAAAAAAAAAUAUCACAUGGGAUGGAUAAGAACACUGGUUAGACAGUUACGUAGAUCUUUUUGGUGCUGAACAUGACAUGAGCCUUAUAGAUUGUAAAAUAGAGGUAGUUGGAACUAAUGUACAGAACUAAAUUUUUAAAACUUUAUUUGCUGUUAGAUUCUGUGAAGUUUCAUUUACCUAAAAUAACUUACACAAAUAUGAAAUGUAAUGUUUCAAAUUGCAAGGUAAUAUGUAUUGUAUUGUAGUGUUUGUAAAAUACUCUUGUCUAAUAAUAACUAGUAGUAUUUUGAUUUGUACAGUCAUAAUUUGUUAAAAUGACUUCAUUUUAACAUCCACUGAUGUAGAUUAAUAAUGUAAGUUCAGAUUUAAAGAUAAUGGGAAGACGGUGCAUGUAAUACUUUCACAAGUAUUGGGAGUUCGGUCUGUUUUGAAAAAAGUAAUUUAACUUUUGGGGGCCAGGAAAUGGGUUUUCUCAAAGUCCAUUGCCGGCAAUGGGCAGGCCUAGUAAUACUUGGCUUAGAGCAUUAACUGCACACCUUAUUAACAGAGAGGUGAAUAACUUUGAAAUAAAGCUUUAGAGAAAUAUUUCAGAUCCUUGAGUAGUCUUUUUUAACCCUGAACUAACAAUUUAGUUAAGAAAAGAGCUAAUAUGCUUGUUUUUUUGUUUUCUUUUGUUUGUUUUUUAAAUAAGAGCCUUCAUUUUAUUUCUUUCAUUCAUCAUUCAAUAAAUAUUUGAGAACGUAAUAUGAGCGAGGCACUGUGCUUAAGCCAGAAAUAAAAAGAUGUGCAGGAUA